UAUGAAAGCGUGCCAUAAAACCGAACCGUACCGCGCCAUUCAGGGUCCUGCUUCUCAUGUGGGUCCAUAGAAAAUGGAACGGUACGGUUAGGGCGGAGCUACUGGCGUCACACAGUACUUUCCACUGAUUGGUGGUCAGAAAACAUCAAUGCUGACGUCAAAGCAAAGCGCCAAACAAUCACCACGUCGCCUUAUUAGUCCAUAUAAAGGAGAAGGAUGCCAGCAAACAACAGCAGGGUCUGGUUAUCUGAGGAACUAUCUACGUUCUUAGCAAUCAUCGGCGAUGGCGUUAUUCAGAGUGAGCUUGAUGGAUCAGUGAGAAAUGAAAAGGUCUAUAAAGAUAUUUCGCAGCGGAUGGCAGCCGAGGGAUUUGAACGGACGUCGGGCCAGUGUAGGGCAAAGCUUAAAAAGCUUAAAGCACAAUAUAAAAAAAUUAAGGACGCCAACAGCCGUAGUGGAAACUGUCCAACUGCUUGGAGGUGGUACGACGCCAUGGACGCCAUUUACGGUCAUCGGCCAGCAAACCAAGGCAGGGAGGGAGGUCUGGACUCUGCAACUGUAAUUCUCGAAUCCAUGGUAGACCCCUUUGAAACAGUUGAUGUACUCUCCACUGAUGCAUCAAACUUAUCAGAAGAUGGACCUUCAAUGUCUUUCAGCAGCAACAGCAGCAGUAUUUCCUCAAGCCAACCACAGAGUAGCCAACCACAGAGUAGCCAACUACAGAGUACUCCCAAUGCACCAAGGCACAAUGGUGAAAGGAGAAGGUUACAGUUGGAUCUGCGCACAGUCAUGGAGGAUAUGCGGGCAGCAGAAGAAAGGCAGCUGGAAAGAAUGGAUAACCUUUCUGAGAGGCGGUUUCAAGCAGUACGUCAGGAUGCACAGGAAGCUAUGCGCCAGGAGGCAGAAAUUGCCCGGCAGCAGAUGGAGCAGUUGGCUACCUUCAACCAGGCCUUCCUCGGUGUCCUUGGUCAGCUUGUUCAAGUGAUUGGAGCCAAUCGUCAACCCAGGUCACCACCCAGACAUUAG